AUGCAGACCGCAAUCACCGAGGAGAAGCUGAGCCCGUUGAGCAAGGACCCGGUCUCGCUACAGUUCCAUCUUUCUCAAUAUGGGCUGAAAUUGACCCCCGAUGAGCUUCGCGUGCAAUGGGCAAUGGGCAACCGUCAUCAUCCUCGGAAUUGGGAUAUUUCUCGGAAGGUCUAUGAUAUCGGUCUCAUCUUCGUCCUCGAGUUUUUCACAACAGCUGUUAGCACUUCUGGUUCAACCGCCGCCGCAGCUGCAGCUGUUGAAUAUGGCUUAGAGAGGACACGAUCCAUCUUCAUAUUCGUAUCAGUGUAUCUUAUCGGGCAAGCAUUCGGUGGUAUCCUCUUUCCGCCUUAUUCUGAAGCUUUCGGACGCAAGAAGCUCUACGUUGUCAGCACUGCGUUGUACAGUAUCAGCUGUCUCAUCAUAGCCUCCGUUCCUUCACUUUCUGGUGUGAUCGUGGGCCGCUUCAUCAGUGGGUUUUUAUCGGCAAUUCCCACCACUGUGAUAAUAGGCAGUAUAGAGGAUAUGUUCAACGCUCGCGACCGGGUUUGGAUGGUAUGUAUCUGGGCCGUAACAAGCAACUUAGGUCUCAUCGCGGGACCGAUUAUGAGCAUCUACGUAGUUGCAGAUCUGGGCUGGCGUUGGCUAUUUUACAUUGCAGCCAUCGUAACAGGUCUCCUUACCCUCCUCCUUCUCAGCAUUCGAGAAUCCCGUCCCUCUCUCUUGUUGGCAAGAGAAGUUGCACAGCUCCGCAAGGCGUCCAAGGUUGAGUCGCUGGAAGGGGCGAACCCAGAUCAUACACCAGACCUGCAUACCUUUGCGCGGCUUGCACUGUCUCGGCCUGUACUUCUUUUCUUCACCGAACCUAUCGUGUUCAUAGUGUCUUCGAUAAGCGCAAUCUCAAUUGCACUGGUUUAUCUUUUCACGGAAGCAUUACCUCCCAUCUAUGAAUCCUUUGGUUUCAACCCCCGACAAUCCAGUUUACCCUUCAUCGCUAUCGGUGUUGGGCUUAGUCUUGGCUUGCUGACUCGCUGCCUUGACCUGUACAUCAUCGACCAGCACCGGCAGCAGGGCCGCGUGCUACUUCCCGAGCACAAGCUGCUGGGUCUCUGGCUUGGAGCACCUAUCCUCGCGGGCGGGCUUUGGGCCUUCGCCUGGACCAUUCCUCCUGGCGUGAAAGAUUUGCACUGGAUCGUAUCCGUCAUUUCGCUGUUGUUGGUCGGAUACUCACUGAACGAGUUAGACUAUGUCCUUGGGAGCUAUCUCACUGACAGCUAUCUAAGCUACGCAUCGAGCGGGUUUUCAGCCCUCAGCUUACUGCGUUCGAUCCUAUCAGCUGUCUUUCCGUUAGUCUCGCCCCAUCUGUUCUCGGCUCUAGGGGCGAAUCUUGCUGUGACCGUGCUGGCGGCCACGGCAACUGUCUUCUGCAUUGUUCCGCCCUUGUUCACGCGAUACGGUGAGAGGCUUCGGGCCCGGAGUGCUUUCGCCAAGCAGAGUUUGAACAUGUAUCGUCAGUAUAGUGUUGAUGAGAAUGGAUAUUGA